GUGGUUGCUUAAAAGCAAUGAGGUGAGACAUUACCAUUAGCUGGUAGUGGUAGUGGGAUUCUAAUUCUCAUUCCAGCACCAACACAACACAACACAACCCAGUAUUCUGUUCUGUGUUACAAUGUCUUUCUUUCCUUUUCUUUUCUCAAAUGCUUGGUGGGUCCCUCCAUCACUCACUACACUUCAUCAUCAUCACCACAAUCCUUUCUUCAAUUGCUUUAAUAUACUACUUGUGCUUCCUCCGCCUUUUCCUUUCUCAGGCUGAAGUUGCCGCCCAAGUCAUGCCUAAAUCAGGUGGGAAGAUAUUGGUGUAUGAAUGUUGGUGGGAAAUAAAAACUAGUUACAAGUUUGGAGCAAAGCUAAUGAUAAAGUGUUUCAUACUCCUUAUCUUUCUAAGUUUCAGUCAUUCAUCCAAGGACCCUGAUGUUGAAGGCGAAGCUUUGGUGGAGAUUUUAAAGACUCUCAAUGAUACUAAUCACCACAUAACGGAUUGGAAUGAUCAUCUUGUGAGCCCAUGUUUUAGUUGGUCUCAUGUCAGUUGCAGAAAUGGAAAUGUUGUAUCACUGAUGCUAGAUUCAAAUGGCUUUUCUGGAAAACUAUCUCCAUUGUUUACCAAACUGAAGUUUUUGGUUAGCUUGGAGCUACAGAACAAUAAUUUAUCAGGUGCAUUACCAGAUUUCAUUGGCAACAUGGUUCACCUGCAAACUCUGAAUCUUGCAAACAAUAAAUUCAGUGGCUCUAUUCCUUUGAAUUGGGGUCAGCUAUCAAAUUUAAAGCAUUUGGAUCUUUCAUCCAAUGAUUUAGCUGGAAAAAUUCCAAUGCAACUAUUUUCAGUUGCAACAUUCAACUUUACUGGAACACAUCUCACUUGUGGCUCUACUUUGGACCAGCCUUGUGUGUCAAGUGCUCCUCUACCAGUUUCAACCAGCAGAUCAAAACUUAGAGUUGUUGUAGCAUCAGCAAGUUGUGGUGCUUUUGUACUUCUGUUGCUCGGGGCUUUGUUUUUAUUCCGAUAUCAGUUGCAAAGACGCAAAGAUGACAUUUUUGUUGAUGUUGCAGGUGAAGAUGAUCGCAAAGUUUCUUUUGGUCAGCUUAGAAGAUUUUCUUGGCGUGAACUGCAACUUGCAACUGAUAAUUUUAGUGAAAGUAACAUAAUUGGACAAGGAGGUUUUGGGAAAGUGUAUAAAGGUGUCCUCUCUGACAACUCAAAAGUUGCUGUGAAACGCCUUGCUAAUUAUUAUAGUCCUGGUGGAGAGGCUGCAUUCCUCAGGGAAGUCCAACUUAUAAGUGUUGCUGUUCAUAGGAAUCUUCUACAGUUAAUUGGAUUCUGCACAACCCCAUCUGAGAGAAUCCUUGUUUACCCUUUCAUGCAAAAUCUUAGCGUUGCCUAUCGCUUGAGAGAUUUGAAACCCGGAGAGAAAGAUUUGGACUGGCCAACAAGGAAACGUGUGGCAUUUGGAGCGGCCCAUGGUUUGGAGUAUCUACACGAGCACUGUAAUCCUAAGAUUAUACAUCGUGAUUUAAAAGCUGCCAAUAUCCUUUUGGAUGACAAUUUUGAAGCUGUUCUUGGAGAUUUUGGCCUGGCAAGACUUGUUGAUCCAAAAUUGACCCAUGUUACCACUCAAGUGCGUGGUACAAUGGGCCACAUUGCCCCAGAAUAUUUGUCAACUGGGAAAUCUUCAGAGAAGACAGAUGUGUUUGGAUAUGGAAUAACUCUACUAGAACUUGUAACUGGUCAACGUGCAAUAGAUUUCUCUCGCCUUGAAGAGGAAGAGGAUGUUCUUCUGCUUGAUCAUAUUAAGAAAUUACUGAGAGAAAAUAGACUGAGUGAUAUUGUGGAUAAAAACCUGAAGAAUUAUGAAUCGAAAGAAGUAGAGAUUGUUGUUCAGGUGGCAUUGCUCUGCACUCAAAGCUGCCCUGAAGACCGUCCGACAAUGGCAGAAGUGGUUAAAAUGUUGGAGGGAGUGGGACUAGCUGAGAGGUGGGCUGAGUGGGAGCAGCUUGAACAAGUAAGACAUCAAGAAUUCUCACUCAUGUCUCACCAAUUUGCUUGGGCAGAAGAAUCAAGUCUUGACCAAGAAGCAAUACAGUUGUCCAGAGCAAGGUAGAACAUAAAUUCAAGUCUAUUUCUAUUUGGAUUAAACCUUAGAUAUUACUUACUGUAUAUGGAAGAAAAACCCUAUGGUUUGCCUAUGAAAGGCCUCUGCUUGUCUAGAAAUUUUUACUCUCUUUUUCUUAGCUUCAACUGAAGGUAAAUUGGGAAUAUAUUUCAGGUUACAUAUACUAACACAUUCAUUGA